UUUAUUUACUGUAUUACUAAUGAUCUUUGGAUGUCCAAAACUUCACCUUUCUGGAAGAGGGUGGUGGUGGGUUUUUAUUUUGCUUUCAAAAUUUAAACCAAAGAAAAAUGUAAAGCUUGUAGUCAGACAUAAACAUCUAUAUUCUGGAGUAAGGUGAUGGUAAAAUAUUUGUAAUUUGCCUAUUUAGAGAUAUAUUUGAUGUGAUACUAAAUCAUGUAUCAUCUAUAUAGUGAAGAGUGCAGUGAAAUAAACAAAAAAUAUGAGCAGCUUUGAUAUGAGGAAUGCUAUGCACUAGUCAAGGUAAAUUAGCAGAGUCCUCCUUGCAGCCUUUGUCUUAGUUUCCAGUGUGACAGGAGGAUAUUAACUGCUGAUAAAAUCAGGGUAGGAAAGCAGUGCUUCCAUUAAAAUGUUACAGUUUUGGAUAUUGAAGCAGACCUUACUUUUUCCUCUUUUUCCAGCAUCAAGAAAGUGAUCCAUAUCAUAUUUGCUUGAAAACCAUUAGUCACCAUUCUAGAGAUAUAGCUAAUUACUUUUAACUAAAAAUAAUAUUUUGAUAAAGCUGUGCUGUUUCUCCUGGGAAUUGUUUUAAACUUCCUACGUGCCUAGUACCCAUUUUCUGCAAUACGGCUUGGGAGGAAUUUGUACUGCACUGUUCAAUAGCAACAGGUCUGAAGAGUAUCAAGGAUGAAAUUCUCAAGGGUCUUUAUGUCAUGGUUGGAAAUGGAAUCAUUACUGUAUUUUUGAACUCCUGCUAACGUCAUUGACACCCACCUACAGUCUACUAGAAAUAUAAGUGCAGAGAUCAGGUUGUUCACAGAUUACGAGGAGACCAACCAAGAAGGGGCAAGCCAAAGCCAAAUUCCCUGGUAAGUUCUAUUUUAAAGAAUGUGAGAGGGAGAAUUCCUUUUCUCCCCUUGAGUCAAGCUGUGAAAUGGAUCUCUAGUAUGUUAGACCAGGCUGUAUGAAAUACCAUUGCACUUAUUAUUAUAUGUUGUAAAAUUUAACUCUCUGGAUCUUGACCCAUAUUUUUGCAUUCUCCUUGGAACACACAGAGUUCUGGUGCUGUAUUAGCCAUUGAAAGUAGCUGUAUUUAAUAAAUGUGAACUUACAAAUGUAAUAUUUUGUGUUGAGUGUUUUACUGGUCCCUCAAAAGGGAGACCAGUGUCUAGAAAUAGCUUUGGUAUGGGAAACGCUUGUUUAGAGUAAUUUGUUCUUCCAAAUACCUUAGAACUAUGAAAACAGAGUUGAUAGUAUAUGGAUGUAAUCUGAUUUGUGUGUUCCCAGUGACAGCUCUGUAGCCUUUAAGGAAUCUGUCUGUUUGCCCUUCUUACAGACAGUCUGUUCAUCUCCAGCAUGAGGAAAGUGCUGCUCCUGGGGCUGUACGUAGUAUUGGCUGUGAGAGGAUUGGCAAAGGGUGCUCCUUUCCAACCAGAAGACAAAUGGAAGCCUCUUGAUAACCCCAGAAACAGAGACCUGUUUUUCAGAACGCUCCAGGCUUACUUCUCUGGCAGGGGUCUCGAUCUCAGGAAGUUUCCUGCUACUUUCACUGUGAACAAUGAAGGACCAAGGCCUGUCAUGUUCUACUCAGAUCCUGUGGCUUCUGCAUUUGCAGAUUAUGAGGAAAGGAAAAAAUCUUUUCAGAACUAUUUCAAAGGUUGAAAGAUUCUGCUAAUGAAGGUGUUAAUUUCAGAACUCCAUACCAAGUGGAAACCACAGCAAAAUGUUACUGCUCUGACUUUAUUACUUGACAAUUCACAAUUUUCCUCACUGUCACGUUUUCUGCCAAUGGAAUCUGGUGUCCUGCUGUAAUGAGCAUUAUUCUGUCUCUUGACAAAUGUGUGCUCUUCGGCUGCUGCAGUUUGUGAGCAGAAUUGUGCUUAAGUGUGAAUAAAUGAGGAGUGCAACAGCGUGCAUUUAACUUCUGCCACGUGUCUUUGUUCAAAGCCGGUAAAUAAACGUUCCCUUUCACUUUAUUAGAACG